AUUUUUUAUUGUCAGGUUUCGUGUUGGAAUCAAAGAAGAAAACCCUACUAAGUGUUAUUAAAAUUCCUAAUACCCAUUAAUAAAAUCUCACAAAUUCUCUCUGAUUUUGACACCCUCGACGAUCAAUCAAUCAAAUUCAUUGAAACCUAAUUUUCUUCUCCGAUUCACUUCUCGUGUCGUGUUGGGACCAGCCAUGGCCAAAAGUUUGUUCAAGCUUGAGCAUCCCUUGGAGAGGAGAUUAGCUGAAUCUGCCCGCAUAAGAGAGAAGUAUCCUGAUAGGAUUCCUGUUAUUGUGGAGAAGGCUGAAAGGAGCGAUGUUCCUGACAUUGAUAAGAAAAAAUACCUUGUCCCAGCUGAUUUGUCAAUUGGACAGUUUGUUUAUGUUGUCCGGAAAAGGAUCAAGCUGAGUGCGGAAAAGGCUAUAUUUGUCUUUGUCAACAACACGCUUCCUCCUACCGCUGCUUUGAUAUCGGCAAUUUAUGAGGAGAACAAGGAUGAAGAUGGCUUUCUUUACAUGACUUACAGUGGAGAGAACACCUUUGGUUGCUCUGACUAAAAUCAAUGGGGGCAAACCAUGUAUAUACAAUUUCAAAGUUGUGUAUUCUCAGCUGGUCCCUUAUAAGUCAAAACUCUGAUCUUCAUGUCAAUGAUGAUUUCCCUUAUUCUAGUUUGGAUUUUAUGCACAUUUUAUUAUGUUAGUAGUAUGCUUUUCAGUUGUCUCAUUUCAAAUUGAGAUUAAAUGGAAGGAAUUGAUUUAUAAUUA